AUGGCGUCCAGUUUGCCGACCAUUAUCUUUGCAUGCCUCGCUGUGCUGAUGUCGUUUCUUAGAAGAUAUAAGCCUUUCAGAAACUGGGCUGCCUCUUUGAUGCAACAUUCACUCUCAGAUUACCUUUUGCCAUCCAAGCAACUUGUCGUGGCAACGCCCGAUUUCAAGAUAUGCAAGACUGCACCCUGUUUCGAGACCUCUGAGAGCACCACACUUUAUGAGCUAACUCAAUGCCUUGCGCAAUUACAAGAGUACAGUGUCAGAGCUCAGCGUCAGAAUGCUACCAUCUUCAACAGAACAAAGGAACUGGAUGAGAUUCAUAUUGAACAGUUGAGGGAGCUCGAAUAUUUCUCCAAGAUUAAAGAAGUGAAUAAAUGUAUUGAAGCGAAUCACAGUGUUUUAAAGGCAGUUAUUAGCCAUAUUCUUGAGAAGAUCGUUCGGGCCAACUUCAAGAAUACGGAGGAUGAAGCUUUACCUGAUCAAUUGAAAACAAUUUGUGCUGAGCUAGGUUACACCCUCAACAAUGACGGUUCAUUGAAGUUCGUCAGCGAACAAGUCGUGUUGGCGGCGUCGCCGUCCAACCAGAAUCGAGUAAAUGAGGCUAUAGGUCAUCUAUGUAGAGACUGGAGCAGCGGUUUUCUGUGUGAGCGAGAGCCAUUGAUCGAAUUUAUCUGCAAGAGCCUAAAUCACCCUAGUGUCGACAGCGGCAAGAGAACUCUGAUUGUCAUUCCUGGAGCAGGAGCAGGACAAAUACCUUACUCCACGGCCAAAAAAUUUCCAAAUUUUGAUGUUGUUUCUAUUGAGCUAUCACCUCUCAUGUAUGUGUUCAACGAAUUUGCUUUAGACCAUGGAACCGACGUUGGAAUUAGGCCAUUUUGUCAGCAUUACUCUGGAAGCUCCAGCGUGCAAAGUCAAACGAGGAAAUUUAAUGUUCAACUAACGGGCAUAAAGAGGCCAUCAAACUUAACAGUUCAUUGGGGUAAUUUCCUUCAAUACACUACCAAUGGACAGAAAUAUGACCAAGUCAUUGUCUGUACAGCUUUUUUCAUUGACACGGCCGAGAAUUUAUUUGAAUACAUCAAGGCUAUCGAAUCAUUGAGCGACUGCUGCGAUGAACUGCAAUGGAUCAACAUUGGACCCCUAAAAUACGAGACGAGACCGUUGGUUCAAUUUACAGCAGAUGAAUUACGACAACUGCGUGAGCUUCGAGGCUGGCGCGACAUUGUCGAAGAAAGAGUUACUGACUAUAAGAGUGGGCUGAAUGGAUACAUGACCGAUCGCGAAUCGUUAUACCAGGGUUAUUAUGGUUUACUUAAAUUCCAUACUCGGUUUCAGAAAGAGAAAAAUACGAUCCGAGACGACUGA